AUGGAGGAGCUUGCCACCGCUUUGCUUUGGCAAUUACCUGGUGACAGCGCAUUUGAUGAUAUCACUCAAUUCGGACAAUUAUGUCCCCCAUUGGGAGAUGAGGUACUUAUCAGACUGCAACGACCAAAUCUCCUGAUCAAAGACAGCAGUGCUCAACCACCAUGUCAUUUCGUGGCGAAUGACCACUGCAAAGCUGCUGGAGCAUACAAGUCACCUCUAUCUGACAAUUGGAUCAAAGCAGACGGUACAAUUGUCUCUACAAAUGACCUACCAGCAGGCGUUCUUCGACUUGAAGAAUCUGAUUCUACCAUUGAAUUCCGCGCAAGGCUUCGUGAUGAGAUGAAACAGUUCUAUACUACACAUUACCCUUCAGCCCAUCAUUCGGAAUAUAUGUGGGCUGUUAGUACUAAUAGAUAUGCAGUUACAGUCCUAACUAAAGCGUUUCAUAACUUGCCAGUUAAGGAAGAGGGAGUUCAUAUGCAUUGUGAGAUCGACUUGAUACAAUCUAUGGCUAUAUUCGUUGGACCGACUACAGUUCAUCAACUCAAGACUAUCGGGUACAUAACCAUGGUAUCUAAGACACCUGCAGGCGUCAUGAAGGUCACUGGUAAAGCCAUACACAAAAGUGAUAAUGCCGAGUACAUUCAUAAGUCGGUCAUAUCAUAUAUGUUUGUUGCAAUAGCCAUCCAGAAGUUCCAAGAAAGCAUUGCCCGUAUACUAGACAAAUUGGUUACCAAAAUCCCAAAGGCAGCGAUGAAGGAUCUGAAUACUCUCAGGUUAUGGAGCAUGCAUGAUGUUGACAUAAAUACUGAUAUUCAGUCUCUAUUAAACAAAGCUGAGGUCAUAUCAGAAGUGUUUCGUAAUUUGUUCAGAUCUAUUAUGGUGUUCAUAUUACGGACGUACCCAUCAUGGAUUAAGUGGCUAUGUGCUAUAAUGACUAUUGUUGCGGGUGUGUUCUGUUCUAUAGUGUUCAAAUGGCAGAAUAAGAUAGAUGUGAAAUAUUGUGAUUCGUGUGAGACUCAGAAGUUUGAAGGUGCUUUAUAUCAGACUCAGCAAAUGUUUAUUGGUGAGAGUUUGUCCUUACCAUUGUACUAUUUGGAUGCCUGGUUUUCGGGGCAGAAGAACAAGGCUCCUAUGUUUGAUUUUGCGAAGAGUGCAGAUAUUUACGAUAAGCCAAUAGGUCCCUUUUGGUAUUGGCCGAUAUGCAGUGCGUUUGAUUUUACGGCGACGUUGAUGAUUAUGACAAGUCUGCAGAUUACGUAUGCUGCUACGGUGCAGAUGUUGCGUAAUUUUAUGGUCGUAUUAACGGCGAUUCUACAGCCUGCUAUGUUACGUAAGGCUGUACGUAUACAUGAAUGGCUUGGUGUAUUUGUGAUUACUAUUGCCAUGGUUCUCACUGCUGUCCCCGCCUUCUUGUCCCCCGACGAUAGCGGGAACACGGACACCGGCAAGGUCGUACUUGGAAUCGUCCUCGCCAUUGUCGGUACAAGUGUGCAAUCUGUUCAACUGUUGCUCGAAGAAUGGUUCCUUCGCAAAAAACGCAGCUCGCCACUCCGCUGUGUCGGAUGGGAAGGCAUUGGAGGCCUAGUAUACUCAUUCAUCGCCUGGCCGAUCUACCAAAAGAUCGGCACUGAGGACGUCACCGGCUCCUGGUACGCUUCUAUACACUCCGGUGCCAUCUCAGGCAUCACUAUUGUCUACCUGCCCAUGGCCGCCGUUUUCAACAUCGCUGGUCUAGCCACAACCCUACUCGGCAGCGGCUUACUUCGAGGUGUAUGCUUCGCAGUUCGAUCACCCCUUACCUGGAUCAUUUCCCUAAUCGUCAAGUGGCAAGAUUACGAAAAUUAUUCACUAGCCUCCGCUCUCACCUUCUGCGUUGGCUUCGCUCUCUACAUCAACCUCAUCGGCUUCCCACACGGACAUCCCGUCCACAGAUGGAUGUCCAAACCCGUUCCAUGUUUCUGCACAAACCCCGAACUCGAUGAGCCCUACGACAUCGAAGACUCAGAAAAUCCAGCACUCGCAGACAUAGAAGCUGCCGCCGCCGGCAGUCCAUCCUUCUUCGGCGGUCGAAGCGGAUCACACUACGCUCAUUCAGAGGUCUAG